CCGACCUGCAGUCCCGCCCCAGAGCCGGCAGGGAGCAGAGCUUCGGAGCUGCCUGGUCCCCCCACCCCCGCGUCAGUCGGUCCCUUCUCGCGCCUUCUGUCCAUCCAAACGUGCACUGUAGGAGCAGCCACAGCGUAGAAGCCGGCUGGCAUGGCAGAGAGCACAGACCUCGCUGGGCUGGAGGAGAGCUUCCGCAAGUUUGCCAUCCACGGGGACCCCAAGGCCAGCGGGCAAGAGAUGAAUGGCAAGAACUGGGCCAAGCUGUGCAAGGACUGCAAGGUGGCCGACGGGAAGGCCGUGACGGGGACGGAUGUGGACAUUGUCUUCUCGAAAGUCAAGGGGAAGUCGGCGCGGGUCAUCAACUAUGAGGAGUUCAAGAAGGCCCUGGAGGAGCUGGCGGCCAAGCGCUUCAAGGGGCAGAGCAAGGAGGAGGCCUUCCAUGCCAUCUGCCAACUGGUGGCAGGCAAGGAGCCGGCCAACAUGGGCGUCACCAAAGCCAAGACGGGGGGUGCUGUGGACCGGCUGACGGACACCAGCAAGUACACGGGCUCCCACAAGGAGCGCUUCGACGAGAGCGGCAAGGGCAAGGGCAUUGCGGGCCGGCAGGACAUCCUGGACGACAGUGGCUACGUGAGCGCCUAUAAGAACGCGGGCACCUAUGACACGAAGGUGAAGAAGUGAGCCCCCGGGACGGGCGCUGCGAGGCUGCCCCUGACAGAGGCUCAGGCACAGGCCUUCGGGGCACGUGGAGCCAGAGAGCCGGUCCCCUGUCUGCCAGACCAGCCACCCAGAGCUUCCUGCUCAGCCCACCAGGCCUCUGCCCCAGACUGCUAUAAGUCCUCUGCGCCCCCCAACCCCCACCUGCCCCCACCUGCCUCCACGCCAGCUUCUCCCUCCCUCAGGGAAGAGUGUGGACCUAUAGCCUGACCGCCAACCUAGCCCCAAGUAUGGCUAACCCGUGCCUGCUCGACUCAUAUUUAAGCUGCUGCUCUGGCCAAGUGCCUAAUUCUUUCCCAGACCUCAAUAAAGACACCUUUUGUACCGGG